AUGUUUAGGUUGGUUGCGUUGGCAUUCUUUAUUGCAUCGGCGCACUUUGUUACUGCGUUUGACGAAGAAGAGAAUGUUGUUGUGGUUACUAAGGAUAAUUUCGAAGAUGUUAUAAAGGAGUAUAAAUAUAUUCUUAUUGAAUUCUACGCACCUUGGUGUGGACACUGUAAAGCUUUGGCACCUGAAUACGCGAAAGCGGCAACGCAGCUAAAAGAAGAGGAAAGUGAAAUCAAACUUGGAAAAUGUGAUGCUACAGUGCACAACGAGCUCGCUUCCAAAUUUGAGGUAAAAGGCUACCCGACGCUAAAAUUGUUUAAAAAUGGUAAACCAACUGAAUAUGGUGGUGGCAGAGAUGCUACUUCUAUUGUAGCGUGGCUGAAGAAGAAAACUGGUCCGGCGGCAAAGACGCUUAAUUCGGCCGAUGAUGUCAAAGACCUUCAGGAAUCUGCUGAGGUUGUUGUCAUUGGCUACUUCAAGGAUGUUGAGUCAGAUGAUGCCAAGACUUACCUUGAAGUUGCCGGAAUGAUCGAUGACCUUCCAUUCGGUAUAACUUCAGACAAAGAUGCUGCCAAGGAAUUGAAAGCAGAUAAGGAAGGAAUUACUUUGCUCAAGAAAUUCGACGAAGGUCGUGUGGCUUUCGAAGAUAAACUAAAUGUGGAUUCACUUAAAGCUUGGAUUCAGGCUAGUCGCCUUGCCCUUGUCAAUGAGUUCACGCAGGAAAGUGCAUCUGUUAUUUUUGGUGGUGACAUCAAAUCUCACAAUCUCUUGUUUAUAUCAAAAGAAAGCGACGAGUUCGAGAAACUCCAGGAUGAGUUCCGAGAGGCUGCGAAGAAAUUUAAGGGGAAGUUGCUCUUCGUUUAUAUCAACACAGACGUUGAGGAUAACAAACGUAUCAUGGAGUUCUUUGGGCUCAAAAAGGAAGAUUUGCCUGCGUUACGUUUGAUUAGCCUUGAGGAAGAUAUGACUAAAUACAAGCCAGAUUUCACUGAAAUUACUACCGACAAUAUUGUAAAGUUCACUGAGGAGUAUUUGGAGGGCAAGUUGAAGCCGCAUUUGAUGAGUGCUGACAUUCCUGAAGACUGGGAUAAGAAUCCUGUUAAAGUGUUGGUUGGGAAGAAUUUCGAUGAAGUUGCAAAGGAUCCGAAGAAGAAUGUUCUCGUUGAAUUCUAUGCCCCUUGGUGUGGGCACUGCAAACAGUUGGCUCCUACAUGGGACAAAUUAGGCGAGAAGUAUAAGGACCAUGAGAAUAUCAUAAUCGCAAAAAUGGAUGCCACUGCAAAUGAAGUUGAAGACGUCAAGAUUCAGUCGUUCCCAACCAUUAAAUUCUUCCCUGCUGGGUCGAACAAGAUUGUUGAUUACACUGGUGAGCGUACGUUGGAAGGGUUCACGAAGUUCCUAGAAUCAGGCGGCAAGGAAGGCGCUGGUCCUUCAGAGGCUGAAAAGGCUGAAGCAGAAGCAGAAACUGAGACCGAGGAGGAAGCUACGGAAGCAAAGCACGAAGAAUUGUAA